AUGUUCUCAAAACUAAAGUCACGGAAAGCGCCUCUUUCUUUAAAUUCCAUAUCCAAUACAUUGAAAACAAAAGGAGCUAAAAACCUUUCACCAGAAGAAAUCAACGCAAAGAAAAUUGAUAUAGAUGUCGUUAAUCAACUUGGAGUGCCAAAGGAUUCCAUUACGGCAAUAGCCUACGAUCCGAUCCAGUCGCUACUUGCAGUAGCGACAAAGGACAAUGAUGUUCGAGUUUUCGGUCAGAUUAAUGUCGAGGUUGUAUUUGAGUUCAAUAUAAAACAUCCAAUUGUGUCGCUUCGAUUCGUCAAGGGCGUUUAUUUACUAUGCUCAUCACCAGGCUCAGGCCUUACCGUGCUCUCCUUGCACUCAAAACAGAUUAUCGGAACAUUUUCCUUUCCGGGGACCGUCACGGCUGCCGAAACGGACCCUUCGUUGGACUGGGUCAUAUUCGGUCUCGCAAACGGAAGUUUAAUAUUCUACGACGUUGAUAGAUUGAAUUUGACUCAGUUUCGGAUUGAUAAUUUGCAAAAAAAAGUGAUGCCCAAGGAAAAGAUGUCGCCUGUUGUUUCCAUUGAAUGGCACCCGCGUGAUAUUGGAACGAUAUUGGUGGCUUAUAAUCAAUGUGCUAUAGUGUAUUCCUUAGUCACGGGACAGAUCAAGAGCACUUUAACGUACACUUUAUUGAAAGAGCACAAGGGGUUUCAGUAUUCGAACCACAUUGCCACGGGGGGCAAGAAGAAGUUGUUUGGAUCCCUGAAAUCCGUCACGCCGUUGAUUAAAGAAGCCCAUUACCAUCCCAAUGGGCUACACGCAGUGACUGUGCAUAAUGACAACACCAUAGUAUUCUGGGACAUAGAAGGAGGCGUCCUUUUGGAAGCAAGGACAUUGUAUGAAACCCAGCUCCACAGACCUGGCGCGUACUUGGAAGUUCCUGAACAUUUCAAUCCUAUUGAGCAGGUCAGAUGGGUGUGCGGAGAGGAUCCAGAGGAAACCAGAUUGCUAGUGAGUGGAGGCGACCCCGAGGCUACAAACACUAUAUCUGUGUUGGACUUCGGAUACACUUUGAAGUAUUCCAUGACGUCACAUGAAAAGCAAGGAAUCUUUUAUGCUCAUCCUCAAGGUGGCCAACGCAAAAUACCAAUCAACUUUUACUUGAACGAAAAAGAUGUUGACGGGGUUGAAACAGAAGUUAUAACCAAGAUUGAACCAAUAACCCAAACCGGCUCUCCUUACUUUCAUGGUGGUCACAAUCCUUCAUUCUUGUUACUUGUUUCAAACUUGGGCAGACUAUACGUGGUUUCGUUUUCAGAUAAGGCGGGUGGUCAAGGUAGCGGAGAUUUGGGAAACACUAUACUUCCGACAUCGCUUUCAUUAAUUGUUCCUCCUUUAUGCUAUUGUGACGUGCAGUCGAUUAUUCGAGUUGAUUGGUACAGUAUCAUGUCAAGUCGUGCUUCUCAGGGUGUUAGCUCUAAAGUGAAACCAUUACUUUACGGAGGGGCCCCCGUGCCUUUGGGUAAAAUACACAAGCCUCUUGGAUACAACGACGGACUUCGGAACAUUAUGAUAACUGGUCAUGAAAACGGACUAGUGAGGUUCAUUGACAUUACAAAAGGUGAACAGCUGGGUGGUGAAAGUAUAGUCCAAGUGGCAUUGAGGCCUACUUUGUAUGACUACAACAACCCAGCCAAUCUUAGAGUGAUAAAAGCUUCGUGUUCUUUUCAAGGCCGUGAGCUUCUUGUUGGUUUGGCUUCUGGGGAGGUUGUUAUUUGCAAAUUUGGUAAAACUCCCAAUGUAAAGAAUGCUGGAAUUAGCACUGGCAAGGACUAUAGCGAUUGCCGCAUCCAUCACGAGAAUGGAAGCGCACUGCUUGUGGAUAUCAGUGGUAGAAUCUCAGGCUCCGUUGCAACUUCAGCUUCUUUCUUACCUUUGUUUUUGUUGAGGCUUGACCCAUCGGAACAAAUAUCAGUGCUAAAAAUGAGUGAUGCAGGAUUUGCUGCCGUUGGUUAUAAAUCAGGAAGAUUGGUGGUUUGUGAUAUCUCAAGAGGUCCUGCUGUGAUUUUCAAUCUCGACAAUGUCAAGGAAAACUUGGCAUCAGUUACUGGAAACUGCUACCCUACUGUGCUUGAGUUUUCAAUUAUGGAAUUUGGCAUGGAUGGGUACUCGUCAUUGGUGUUGAAUGUGGGCACCAACUGUGGAGGCAAUUUGUUAUUUUACAAGAUUACUCCUAUGGGCAAUGGGGGCUAUCAAGUUGAAUUUGCCAACAAGACAGCACAUCUUAAUUAUAGAACAGCUGAUGGCGGUGACGCAGAGGCUUCCAAACUUCUGCAAUUGAUACCAAUCGAAGCUCAAUACGGAUACUCAGCAGUUGCUGAUAAAAAGAAAUUUGAGCAAUUAGCCACGGGUGUACCUAUACCGGGGUACAUAAUCACCGUGUCCGACAGAGAUGUCAGGGUGAUCACGGCACCAAAGACAAAACUAGCGCACAAGGUAGUCGAUGAUACGUGUUUGAAGGCAAGCGUGGUUCAUUAUAAAGACAAAGGUGUUGUGUUGGCAGUGCUUGUUAAAACAGGAUUUAUCAAGUUGCUCUCCUUGCCCUCUUUACAUGAUAUCGCCAAUAUCAAAUUCCCCAAAGAGACAUAUCGCAUGUUGCAAGAAUCAUUGGAAUCGGGAACUGCAUUUGACUCUGACUUGUUAUCCUCAGGUGAAAUUUUUGUUAGAACAUCAGAGACAGAGUCUGUUUACAUUUCUGCUUACGAAAAGGUCAAGUCGAAGGAUGAAACUGAGGCAGAUAAAUUGUUCAAUCCAAAUGCUAUCAUCCCGCCUAGACCAUCGGCUAGCACCUUACUGUGGGCUAAAGGGCAAAUCAGUUAUGUCUCUGUUGAAGAUCUAGCUAUGCUCAUUGCUGGCCCCAAUAGAAAAGCUCCCAAGACAGAAGAAUCAACGUUGGCGCAUAACAUCAGUCCUGAAGCCAACCCCCAAGCAAAUUACGGUGGUUACAACGCAAGGGCGCCUAAAGAGAAAGAUUAUGAGGAACCAGUGAGAAAAGCAGGUCAAGGUGCAGGAGGAUUUGGAACUCAAGGAUUCAUGAGAUCUUUGCAAAACGGUUUACAAACUGCUGAAGAGACGUUCAAUGACUAUGCAAAUAGUGCUAGUCAAACUUUUCAAGAGGGGUACGACGAUCAGAGGAAGUCAUUCUACAGCUCUGCCUUGCAAAGUAAAUUUGGAUUUUAG